GUCUCUUUUCCAUUCAUCUCUUGCUGUGGAUGUUAACUCUCCUCGAAGAUGUCUGAUGAAGAAAGGGAAUUCGUCGUUCGUAACGGAGUGGAAUCCGUUGAUAACGGAUUAAGUACUUUUCUAUUCACUUCCGAAUCUGUAGGUGAAGGCCAUCCAGAUAAAUUGUGUGACCAGAUUAGUGAUGCCAUUUUAGAUGCACAUCUGGAACAGGAUCCAAAUGCUAAAGUUGCUUGUGAAACUGCUGCUAAAACUGGAAUGGUUAUGAUCUUCGGGGAGAUAACUUCCAAAGCUACCGUUGAUUACCAGAAAAUAGUGCGAGAAACUGUCAAAAGUAUUGGUUAUGACAGUUGUACAAAAGGUUUUGACUACAAAACAUGCAAUGUUUUAGUUGCCAUUGAGCAACAAAGUCCAGAAAUUGCCUCUGGUGUUCAUAUGAAUAAGGCAGAAGAAGAAAUUGGAGCAGGUGAUCAGGGUCUUAUGUUUGGUUAUGCAACUGAUGAAACAGAAGAAUGUAUGCCAUUGACUGUAGUGCUUGCCCACAAGUUAAAUGCCAGACUUGCCGCUUUGAGGAAAGACGGGACGUUUCCUUGGGCUGGACCAGAUUCUAAAACACAGGUUACUUGUGAGUAUUAUUUUAAACAUGGUGCUGCCAUGCCAGUACGUGUCCAUACUGUAGUAGUAUCUACUCAGCAUACGAGGGAUGUGUCGUUGGAUGUUGUGCGGAGAGAAGUGAUGGAGAAAGUGAUCAAGCAUAGCAUUCCUCCGAAAUAUCUAGAUGAUAAAACAAUCUACCACAUUAAUCCCUGCGGAGAAUUUGUUAUGGGUGGGCCAAUGGGUGAUGCUGGUCUCACUGGGCGAAAAAUUAUAGUUGAUACCUAUGGCGGUUGGGGAGCGCACGGAGGAGGAGCAUUCUCCGGGAAAGAUCCCAGCAAAGUCGAUAGAUCUGCUGCUUAUGCCGCUAGAUGGGUUGCUAAGUCUCUUGUGAAAGCUGGACUCUGCAGGCGAUGCCUAGUUCAGUUAUCUUAUGCCAUUGGAAUUGCGGAACCAUUAUCCAUAACGGUAUUGUCCUAUGGAACUUCGGCAAAAACUCAAAAAGAAUUAUUGGAGAUUGUGAUGAAAAAUUUUGAUUUGCGACCUGGAAUUAUCAUAAAGGAACUGGGACUGAAAAAACCUAUUUAUCAUAAAACAAGUGCAUAUGGUCACUUUGGACGAUCAGAAUUUCCUUGGGAAAUUCCCAAACAAUUGGUCCUUUGACAAAGAUAGUUCUAAGAUGGUAUUGCCGAGUACAGUCAUAGUGAACCACAGUAGAGUGUCCAGAUUUCUAUUUAAAAAGGUAAACUUGAACGAUAUAUUGGUGCCUUGGCUAUAAAGGAACUGGCACACUCUUCUGCAAAUGUGUACGAAAAAAAAAUAUUGUUCUCCAUACAAACUUUUUCUACUCACAGGAGAAAACAGUGGUGGGUGAAUGGGCUAAAAUUUAUGAAUCAUGAACUGAGGAGUGUAAUUCAAUUGUGUAUUAUGUGUGUGGAAUUUCAUGGAUUAUCAUGUAUCUUGUAAAUAAUUGAUUUUAUUGCAUGAAAACUUCUGAGAAUCUCAUUUAAUUUGAUGCUUUAUGAGACCAAUACAGUGGUUUCCAAUAAUGAAGUAUUAAGUAUGUAAUUUAAGUAGAAUUGCUUAAAUGAAUUUUUCUGACCAUAUGUUAUGGCGUUUUAUUUUACAUGUGAAAUUCAUAUUUACAAUCAUGAAAUAACAAGUGCACUAUUAUUCCUCCAAUGUGGUGAAUUGUAGAAAAUCUAGAAAACAUUGCAAAUUAAUAAAGUUUAUUUCCAUAUUUAC